CAAAAAAAAAGACUACGGCCAGGAGCACUUCUCUAAAACGUUCAGCGGUCGACUAAGAACCAGAAAUCUCAGAAAUGAGGGGAGGGGGGGAUAGUGGAAGCCGCAGCUCUCUAUUACUCUGCCUGUCAGUCACAGCGCCUCUCAUUGCGGAAGCGUACGGAUCAGUUACUCGGCUCGCCGCAGGAAUCGAGUCGAGAGCGGAGACAUCGAUAAGCGGCUCAGAGGCGGACUGCAAGAGAAAGCGAAGACGGAGAGGGCACUGGCUGCAGCAGGAUUGUUAGCCGCACACACAAACCUUGUUCCUCAAGAGGAAGUGAAGUUCUGUGCCCUGUUGUGUUCUGACUGCUUUCUCACCUUCUCAUAUCAGGCUCAGGAUGUCCGCAGACACCAACAGCAGCUCUGGCCUAAUCGUCACCCCUACUCCCAACUCUACAUCCCUUGUGACUAGCAUGCAGCCAACCUCCAGUAUCAUUUUCAACAGCACUAACAUCACCAUGCCCCAUGUCUGCCUGGUCAUUCUUUUUGAAGACAUUGGGAAUUCCAGGGUCAGAUACUGGGAUCUCAUGCUGCUAAUCCCCAAUGUUCUCUUCUUUGUGUUUCUGCUUUGGAAACUUCCAUCAGCAAGGGCCAAAAUCCGUGUAACUUCCAGUCCCAUUUUUACUACCUUCUACAUACUGGUAUUUGUGGUAGCUGUGGUGGGAAUCACACGGGCCAUUGUUUCCAUGACUGUCAGUUCUUCCAGUGCAGCCACAGUCACUGAUAAGGUUCUUUGGGAAAUCACCAGGUUUUUCCUACUUGCGAUCGAGCUAAGUGUGGUGAUCCUGGGCAUUGCCUUUGGUCACCUUGAAAGUAAAUCCAGCGUGAAGCGAGUUCUAGCAAUCACUGCAGUUUUGUCUCUUGCUUACUCUGUGACUCAGGGUACACUUGAGAUCCUGUACCCCGAUGCACAUCUUUCUGCUGAAGAUUUCAACAUAUAUGGGCACGGUGGGCGGCAUUUCUGGCUUGCCAGUUCCUGCUUUUUCUUUCUGGUUUAUACCCUGGUGUCUCUUCUGCCCAAAACACCCCUCAAGGAUCGCAUCUCCCUGCCAUCCAGGAAGAGUUUCUAUGUAUAUGCUGUGAUCUUGGCUGCCCUGAACCUCAUCCAGGGAAUAGGAAGUGCCUUGCUAUGCGCUGAUAUUAUAAAUGGAUUAUGUUUUGUGGACGUCACUACGUUCCUGUACUUCAGCUUGUUCGCUCCGCUCAUGUAUGUGGCAUUUUUAAAAGGCUUCUUUGGAGCGGAGCCAAAGAUCCUCUUCUCCUACAAAUCCCAGGUGGAUGAUCCGGAUGAGACUGAGGUUCACCUCCCUCACCCUUAUGCUGUAGCCAAGAAAGAGGGCAUAGACACUGGCUUCUACUCCAACACCCAAAUAGACACAACAGCUUAUCUUGAUGACGUGGCCUCUAUGCCCCAUGUUGUAGGCAGCAUCAACAGCAUUGACAGUGACCGCUGGAAGGCUAUAAAUGCUUAGCGUUCAGAAUGUCUGGAUUCGAAAAUUAGACUGAAGUGGAUAUUUCCAUGGAAAGGCAUUGGUCCUGAUUUCCCUUCUUGCAAUGUCACCCAAGGAAACAAGAACUACACCAUCAAUGUACAGGAGAGACCAGGGCAAGUGCUGCUAAACCUUUGCACUGUGUUUUUCCUUGCUGGGUUUCACUUACAAAGCAUAGACAAUACCAUUCAGGAGCAGGGGAAGAAUGGCAUACUAAAUCCUCCGCUCAGAGAAUCAGUAUUCUGAGAAUAAGUUGACAUUUCCCAGAUACCUAAAUAUUUACAGUGGUCUUCAGUCAUAAAGAGUCAUCGGCUGGAUUCCUUUGACUGAACUGCGCUCUAUUUAAAUGUCUUCUGUUGUGCACCAGUUUUAAAGGGAUUCGGUCCUUAAAGGGGAACUAUCGCAAAAAUGAAAAUUUCAUAUAAGCCUCCUCAUACUGAAAUAAGAAACUAUCUAAAUAAAUCAAUUAAAUAUUCUGCA